UCCGAAAGGAUUCUCCGACCCAAAUCCCAAACCUGACCGCCGACACCACGUCUGAGAAUAACAUUUUGCGGGGAGGAAAAACAAAAAAAAAUGUUGUGAUAUGGUGACCCCGUGACCUUGUGACCCCGUGACCCUGAUACCCCACAGAGGGCCCACCUGGGUGGCAGGGGCCCCAUGGGGGGGGUCAUCACCCCCCCCAUCGCCACCCCUGAGUCCGAUCGAUCUCCGUCGCCGUCCGUGGGAGGCCUCCACAACCUACGGCUGCCCGACUUCACCUUCCUCACCGUGCUCGGCAAAGGCAGUUUCGGCAAGGUGAUGCUGGCGGAGCGCAAGGGCACCGAGGAGCUGUACGCCAUCAAGAUCCUGAAGAAGGACAUCGUGAUACAGGACGACGAUGUGGAGUGCACGCUGGUGGAGAAGCGCGUGCUGGCGCUGUCCGACAAGCCGCCCUUCCUCACCCAGCUGCACUCCUGCUUUCAGACCGUGGACCGGCUAUACUUCGUGAUGGAGUACAUCACGGGGGGUGACCUCAUGUUCCAGAUCCAGCAGCUGAGCAAGUUCAAGGAGCCGCACGCAGUGUUCUAUGCAGGAGAGAUCGCGAUCGGCCUUUUCUACCUCCACAGCAAACGCAUCAUUUACAGGGACCUGAAGCUAGAUAACGUGAUGCUGGAUGCCGAGGGGCACAUCAAGAUCGCCGACUUUGGGAUGUGCAAGGAGAACAUGGGGGACGGCGCCACCACGCGCACCUUCUGCGGCACACCCGACUACAUCGCGCCCGAGAUCAUCGCGUAUCAGCCUUACGGGAAGUCCGUGGACUGGUGGGCGUUUGGAGUUCUUCUGUACGAGAUGCUGGCUGGACAGCCGCCGUUUGACGGGGAGGACGAGGAGGAGCUGUUCCAGUCCAUCAUGGAGCACAGCGUCUCCUACCCCAAGGCCAUGUCCCGCGAGGCGGUGUCCAUCUGCAAAGGGUUCAUGACGAAGCACCCUGGCAAGCGGCUGGGCUGCGGGGCGGACGGCGAGAGAGACGUGCGCGAGCACGUGUUCUUCCGUCGCAUCGACUGGGAGCGCCUGCAGAGACGCGAGGUGCAGCCGCCGUUCCGGCCCAAGGCGGCCGGGAGGAACGCGGAGAACUUCGACAAGUUCUUCACCAAGACGGCGCCCAUGCUCACCCCGCCGGACGACACGGUCAUCUCCACGAUCGACCAGGCUGACUUCCAGGACUUCUCCUGCCUCAACUCCAACUUCGUCUACCAGCCCUGCGCCUGACCCCUCUAGGCCUUCUGGAUCAUCCGUCCACCCACCCACCCACCCACCCGUUUCACCCGUUCAUUCACGUGUCCAUUCGCUCGUCCGUCGAUUCAUCCAUCAAAUUAUCCUUCAAGUCUGUCCAUUUAGUCAUCUUCCUAUCUAUCCAUCAACGGAUUCAUCCAUUCCUCGCGUUAUAUCAUUUAUACCAUCCACUCAUUCAUUCGUGUAUUAAUUCACUCAUCCAUUGAUCUCCCCACCCCUAGACUAGCCCAUCCCACCCAUCCAUUCUUCACUCGAGCAUGCUCCCAUCCACCCAUAACUGUAAAAAAAAUAUGUUUUUGACAUUUAUACGGCGUUUCUCAAAUGCCUCGGCAACUCAAAGCGCCUUACGUCGGUCGCAUCUCAUCGAUUCGAAGGGCGCCCCCAACGGCAGCUGCCCCUGCGUGGCACAAGACGACCACUCAGCAGCGGCCUGCAAAAGACCCGCCCCUCCCCCUCCCCCCUUCGAAUGCCCAAUCCUUGACACGUCCUUAGACCAUGCACCCCUCCCCCCCCUCUGCCUGGGAGCCCUGUGGAAGAUGCAUCCCAAAAGACGAGCAGCUCUUAGCCUUGCAGCUGCCCCAUGUUUUUUUUUUUAAUGAUUUGUCGGGCACGUGACCUCUGCAGUCCAGCGACGUCACCGCACAGCACGCAAACAUUCCAUGGUGCAUCGCGAUCCGGGGGAGGGAGGGAGGGAGGGAGGCUCGGGGCAGCGGGGGUAGUGGUGGGUGGGGUGGGGGCACGAUCCGAUCGGACGAGUCGACUCGUUUCGUUUGUUUAUUUUUCGCCCGGUCUUUGUCCGCGCCACCCGUUGCCCUAAAAUUGUUCCCACCCUUUCGUGACGCCCGUGCGUGCGAUCUGCAUAUCGUUGGCAUGGAGUUACAUUUGACCUCAGGCCAGCUGUUUGGGCUGGGGAAAUCCUUUGAGGACCAGCAACAAGAGUCGGUCCAGAUCGGUCACGGGGGGAGCGGAGAGGUUUUCCAAAAAAGUUGACGUCACUGAUGCCACCGUCAUCACUGACGUCAUCAUCGUCGUCAUCAACGUUCAUCGAUGACGCUCGUCCACGUGCACAACACGUGGACGCCCCCCCCCCCGCGCCCCCUCCCGCCUGUCGCUAUGCCGGUGGCUCUAGCGGUCUCCUCGAAGGGGGAAUUUAAAGUCUUUGUUGUUGUUACUGUUACAUCGAAUGAGUUUCAAACUCGCGUGGGACAGAAUAGAUGGGGCGGUCACGCGAUACAACACGCGGUUCGGUUUCUGGGCCAGGCUUGGGGUCAAUUAUAAAGGCCGCCACGGUGACGAAAUGUUAACUACCUCGCCUGGUGUGCAGGAGGUCGUGGGUUUGAUCCCGGCCCUGACGCCUGCUGCUGUAUAUUUGGAGUUUGCGGUGUCUGUCUCCACGUGGAUUUUUCUCCGGGUCCUCCGGUGUGUCCCUCCACAUUUCGAAUCAACAUCGCACGUUUAGAGUAUUUGGCUGCUAUAAAUAUCAACGUGAUGGGCCACUUCGUUGAGCUGUCAUUUGUGGCCAAGUAGCUUCUGAAAAAGAGCUGUAUAGCUCAGUGGGCCUUACCUGGUAAAAUAAAAAAUAGUUUAGUUUAUAACUGAAAAUGCGUAAUUGCAAUAUGAUUCAGAUUUUUUUUUAAUCUAACGGCCGGGUCCACGCACGAGCGAUGAUAAGUUGCAUGCAACUGAAUCACUUCUACGUGGACAGCCGGGUUCGCGAGUGGUUGCACAACCGGUUGCUCAGAGUAGAGGAGACCAGAACUCCUCGACUUUCAGGCGUCGAUCUGUUCCGCGGGUUUUGCAGCGACGCGUUUUUCGGCGCCGCGUGACAACGUUCGCGGGCUGCGAUUGGUUGUUGCGAUGCUGCAAAACCGCUCGCUCAGACGUGGACAAAGCAGUUGCGGGCGACGAUCGAGUUGCGCGGAGUGGAGAGCGAUUUGGUUGCUCGGGUGCGUGUGGACCUGGCGUAGCGGUACCGUGAGUGGACUGAUUAUUCACUGGUCAACAAAAAAAAAACUUUUUUUUCUGGCCUGGACUUUUGCAGCUGUUUUAGACUAAUUUCAGAGUGCUGAUUCCAAAUCUGAUCUUAGAUUUGCUCUAUCACAUCUCAUUUUUAUGCUAUCGGCAUACCACAUUUUCAUUGAUUUUAGCCGAAAUUAACUCUGUCACUUACGAUUGCAAGUUGUUGCGAGUCAGUGACUGAUUUAGUGUUAAAUAUGGUGCUGUAUUUUUAGGAUAGUGUGUUUAUAAUAUAAUUUUAUGUAGAUAUCCAUAUUUAUUUAAUAUUUUUCUUCUGCAGUUUUUAUUGAAAAUACAAUAUUUGAUAUCUCAAAAACCUGAUGUGAUAGACAAAAACUGAUGCCAGAUUUGGAAUCAGCACCCCAUACGUACCUUAUGACCGUUGGAAUACCUUAUGCCAGAAAAAAGUGUGUUGACCAGUGUAUAAUCGACCCAAGGAUUCUGUGUUUGGGCUCAGAAUAUCCUGCCAGGAGGAGAGUAUGUGGAGAUUAAGUGAUGGGGGUCCAAAAGACGUCAACAGAUUUUCAACGACGUCGUCGUCAUGACCAUAAUCGACGUUCCUCAGUACCUCUUCGUCGAUUUGUCGAUGUCGAAAUUGAAGAUGUUUGAAGGAAGAAAAACUAAAAAAAAGAGUUAAAGACAAGGGUACAGCAAAAACGACGAAUUUCAACAAACAGUUAAUUAGGCAUGUGACGACGCAGCGAUUGAUCGAUCACCAUCGAUUGUUAUCGAUUCUCACGCUGGCGCGAUACACUCGAUAUUUCCCGCAACACUGCUGUAACAGCCUGGCUUUGAGUAAUGGAAUUAUCGGCGUAAGGCACUACCACUAGAGUAAAAGGCACACUUAUCCGUAAUCAUCCUUUAUUAUUAUUAUUGCACUCUGUAAUAAUACUCUUAUGUUGCGAAGAGGUUUAGUUUAAAACAAAAAUGUUACCAAACCACGCAACUUCGAUACGUGCAUGGACCGGCUCACCUACCGUGGUGGAGUACAGAGCAAGGCGAGAUGGAUGUGACUGGCUUCCAAAAUAGUUUCCUGGAUUCGCGGUCGUCCAGGAUUGGCCCGUGAUGUUUCGGGAUCACUCCCGUUCGGGACGAAACGAAAUCCGUGGCUAGCUAAGGUAGGCCCAGAAUGUUGUCCGCCCCAAUAUAUCUGGACGGAUGUGAAGAGACAGUCACCCACAUUGCGCGGCUGGGGCCCCCAUCAGACCGAUCAUACUUCAGCACGCUGGUCAGCGUGCGAGAAUCGAUUCCUUGGUACGUAAAUUUCGAUUUAAAGCUUUCGUGACUGCAGGGAUUCAUCUUCUUGGUUCUUUCGGUAAAGUCACGUAGAAGGAAAAUAAUAAAAUAAUAAAAAUAAAACAU